AUGAUUUUACGUCAAAAUACGGAGAUGGUUAAAAAUUUACAGACGUUAAUACACAGAGGAACGAUAGAAAAGCUGGCUGCUGCACAAAGGCAGAAUGUUGACCAUUUUGAACCCCUCACUGUUAUUGCUAUUGUUGGUCAUCGUCAUGUCCCUGGAAUUUGUGAAAUUUGGGAGCGCCCAGAGGAGGUUUUUAAUGUUGAAACAGAAUAAUAUUGGGGAAAAUAUUUU